AUGAAACUUCGUAAUUCGCUAAUUAAUAUGCUAGGUGAAUUUAUUGGUCUUCAUAAAACACCCGAUUUCAAAUUGAAUGCUCAAUCAUCACAAGCUAUUAUUGAAGCAGUAGCUGCAGAAACAAGACGUUAUUCAAUAUCAAUGAAUUAUCACUCAUCAGAUAAUAGUAUAUAUGCAGCAGUGCAUCAACGAUCAUUCUCGACGAAUAGUAUUCAUGAAAGUAAUGAAUUGAUAAAUAUGAAUCCAUCAUAUCGACGCCUUUCAGAGCCCACUUGUUUGCCGUCACUUACGCCACCCAGACGUCGUCAUAUUGAGCAACGAUUGCACGUACAUUCUCGUUAG